GAAAAAACAAAAAGAGAAUCAGGUGAUUUACCCCUUGGCGGAAUCAGGCGGCCAUAUGCAAAAACGCCUCAUAACGCGUCGUGUUGAGUUGUCGUGCAGUGCUUAGAGUCGUUUGGAAAAAAGACAGAAAACUCUGGAAAUACCCCCAAUUUGUGGUGAAAAAUUGUGGAAAGUGUUACUUGUUAUUCCGUGUAAUGGCAUCGAAAACGAAAAAGAGUGGAACGGGGACGCCCUUAGCGGCCAGCACGCCCGUACCGGGUGGAAAGACAUCUCCAACACCGGGUCCGAAUGUGCGGCCCGCAAGUCCGCUCAGUCCCACUCGCACAAGCCGUCUGCAGGAGAAGGCUGAACUGCAGAACCUCAAUGAUCGCCUGGCCAUCUACAUUGAGCGCGCCCGGAGUCUGGAGCAGGAAAACUCCCGGCUGUCGCUCCAGAUGCAAACGUCGCAGGAGACGGUGACGCGUGAGGUGACCAACAUCAAGUCUAUGUACGAGCAUGAGCUCUCUGAUGCCCGGAAGCUCCUCGAUGAGACGGCUCGUGAAAAGGCAAAGCUGGAGAUCGACACGAAGCGCUUGUGGGAGGAGAAUGAGGAUCUCAAGGCGAGACUCGACAAGAAGACGAAGGAUUUGGCAUUAGCUGAGAAUAGUGCCCGUAUGUAUGAGUCGCGAUGCAGUGAGUUGACAGGCAAGUACAACACUGCGUGCAAUGAGCGUAAGAAGUAUCAGGAUGAAGCCAAAGAAUUGGCAAAGGAGAAUGAGAAGCUUCGACGGCAGCUGGAUGAUUUGCGGAAGCAUUUGGAGGAGGAGACAUUGGCGCGUGUUGAUUUGGAGAAUAGCGUUCAGAGUUUGCGCGAGGAGAUUUCCUUCAAGGAUGGUGUGCACCAGCAGGAGCUCACGGAGACACGUACGAGGCGUCAGGUGGAGAUAAGUGAACUCGAUGGGCGCCUAAAUGAGCAGUAUGAAGCGAAACUGAAGGAGUCCCUCCAGGAGUUGCGUGAUCAGUAUGAGGCACAAAUGAAGGCGAAUCGCGAUCAAAUUGACAUGAUGUACGAUGCAAAGAUCAAGAAUCUCCAGAGUGCCCUCAAUGCAAAUACAAAUUCAGCAUCGCAAGCCUUUGAGGAAUUGAGGCAGACUCGUAUUCAUAUUGAUUCACUCAAGGCGAAGAUUAAUGAGCUCGAUGGGCAGAAUGCAGCCCUCAAUGGGCGCAUCCAUGAUUUGGAGAAGCUCCUCGAUACGGAGAGGCUGCGUCAUGGGGAUCUCGUGAGGAGCCUCGAGGCGGAAUUACGUCGACUGCAGGAGGAGAUGAAUCAGCAACUCCAGGAGUAUCAGGACCUUAUGGAUAUCAAGGUAUCCCUGGACAUGGAGAUUGCUGCUUACGACAAACUCCUCUCGGGCGAGGAAUCUCGCCUUAACAUCACACCAACAUCCGGUGGAGCUACAGUGAGUUCAUUGUCAUCAUUUUUUCGCUCAGGAAGCCGUCAGGGCAUCACAAGGCGCACCCCAUCGCGUCAGGGACCCCAACCGGGGGCAAAGCGAAAGCGCACGUACCUCGAGGAGUCAGAGGAGCGCAAUUGGAAUGAUUUCUCCGUGACGGCAUCCGCAAAGGGGGACAUUGAGAUUGUUGAGGCAGACCCAGAUGGGAAGUUUGUGAAGUUGCGCAAUAAGGGGAAUAGGGAGAUUCAGAUUGGGGGGUGGCAGCUGACACGCACUGUGGGCAGCAAUGAGACUGUCUUUAAAUUCCAUCGUACGGUUAAGGCGGAUGCUGAUGCCGUGAUAACGGUGUGGUCAGCUGAUGCGGGUGUUACGCAUGAGCCACCAACAAAUAUUGUCAUGAAUGGGAAGAAAUGGUUUGUGGGGGAUAACAUGAAGACGAUCCUCGUGAAUACGGAUGGGGAGGAAGUGGCUGCAUCUGAGCGCAUUCGUACGCACUUGUCCAGCUUGGCGUCCAGACAUCGUGAAUCCGGCUACGGUGGGGAUGAUUUCUACCAUCAUCAGAGUCUCCGAUCAUCAUCGCGAGCAUCCCCAUUUGGUAGUGCUGAUCAACAGGGGACAGAGAAGUGUCGUGUUAUGUGAGUCACACCAUCACAAAUCCCUCCACAAUCAGAGAGCUUCCCUGAUGAGGGGGUUUAAUGCUUCAAAAAAAAAAGGAACUUUUCUGCUGCAAUGCUGAGGUAAGGAAGAAUUGAUUGAUCGAAAGAAGAAGAACUGGAAGGAAAAUAAGGGAUGAUGAAAUUGCAUUUGUCUCUUCUUUAGCAUUUUCAAUUCUCAAUGGAAUCAUUUUUUUUUAAAUACAAAACACGUUAUUUUUUUUUCUUUAGUUCUUAACUUUUUAUUGAAGGAAAAGAACAAUAUAAUUACAAUUUAAACAGAAGAAAAGAAAAAUUAAUUUAGGGCUAGCAGAGAAGAAAAAUCCCUGGACUAACGAGUAAAUCGUGAAGUAUAUAAGAAUUAAUUAUUAUUAACAUUAAAUGAAGAAAGCAAAAUGAAAGGAAGAUACUUGAAGAUGGGAAUGAAAGCUUCUUUGCUUUUUUUUCUUUGUUGUACUCCCCUCCCCCCCUGUCCGGAAGAACAAACAAAUAAUUUUUCUAAUUUGUUUGAAAGCAAAAAAAUAAAAAUUAUUGUGUUUGAGACUAACAUUUCUUUUGUUUUCUUACAAUCAGAUUCUAAAUCUGAAAUUAUUUUUGUGUCCAAAGUAAAUUUUUUUUUUAGAAAAAUCGUGCAAGAAUUUUGAAAAAAUAAAAACUCAUCUUCAACCUUUAAAAAAAAAGAAA